CUGUCUCUGCUUAAUUAAAUGCCGUAUAAGGUGGGGGGAGUACAAAGACCAAGCCAACCGUGCUUGACGCAAAGCUUACGGAAAAAGCUUCCUGCAGUCACAAGUAAUCGUCAGGUAGUAAGUAGUAGGCCGCCGGGCUUUAACAGCAGGCCUGCUAUUAGUCGCCCAUCCGCUACGUUGCACAGGGUGGUAGUAAGGACUGACGCCCGCCUCCUCCUCUCAUGUAGGCCACAUCCCAUCCCAUCACUAACUGGGCCAACCAAUUGGCACCAAUGCAGUCCGUACUGCACGGGAGGAAAGCUAAGGAGAAGCAAGGAAGCAAAUCCUCUCGCUCAGGAACGGUCCGGAGCAGGCAUGGCUGCAGGUCUAGCCAAAAACGAUCUUAGUGGUCAUGCAGGAGAGGGGCCGGGGCUUAGUUUUGGGGGGAGGAAUUCAUUUUUCAGCUUUGAAAUUCCAAGCCAAUCACGGGCGGAGACUCGAGGGAAAAUGCACACAAGGAAGGGGAAAAAUGAAAAAAAUAGAAAAUGGAAGGUGAAAUAAAAUGAAAUAAAAUAGAAUAAGAAGAGAGA